UAAAAAUUUGUGUAUUAAUUAUAAUUUUUAAUGGAAAUAUUCGUGAAUUAAGUUAUUCAUGAGAAAAACAGCCAGUUUAAGUGAUAACUUGAGUUUCAUGUGUUUAUAUCGACGCCAAGUUUAAAACAAUGAAAAAUCGUAAUGAAAUGAAAAUUAUUAGGAUAUCAGAUAAAAAUGGCCCUAAACGUCGACGAUUACGUGUUGGUGAUCCUGAUUUUGAAGCGCCGGAUGGUGGUUGGAGUUGGGUAAUUUGUUUUGCUUGUGGAAUUGCAACCUUAACUUUGUAUCCGCCAUUACAACAAUUUGGCCUUCUGUUUCGUGAUAAAUUUGAUUAUUUAGGCAUUUCCGCAGCAGAAACGUCCACAAUUAUUAAUAUGAAUACAGCCGUAUCGUCGCUAAUGGGAUUAAUGAAUGGGCCAUUAUUUCGAGCAUUUACAUAUCGAAAAGUAUCAUUGUUUGGAGCAACAAUAUGUUUUCUAUCGAUUGUAUUGUUAGCAUUUACGAAAACAUUUCCAGAAUAUAUUGUGGUAUUUUCGAUAUUUUAUGGUAUUGGAAUGGGCUUUACAUUACCAGCAAAUUCGAUAGCGUUAAAUACGUAUUUUAAUAAAAAACGACGUAUUGCUACAGGAUAUUCAUGGACCAUUACAGCAUUAGGGCCUGUUAUAAUGCCACAUUUAAUUAGAUUUUUAUUAAAUCAGUAUGAAGUGGAGGGUACUGUUCUAAUAUUUGCUGGAAUUGCUGCUCAUGCCAUUGUAUGUGCAUGCUUGUUACAUCCAGUACAUUGGCAUACAAAAUUUCGAAAUGAAGUAGAAUUAAAAAAUGUAAAUGGUGCUACCAUAGCAACAGACAGGGACCAAACUUUCGUAUCAUUAGAAAAUGAAAAUGAGCAUGAACUCUCAAAGCUACACAAAAAUGGAACAAUUCAAACAGUUCCGACGGUCACUGAUAAAGAUGCGUUCGAUAAACUUGAGAAAAAUGAUGAAACCGAGAAUUUAAUGAAAAAUAAUCAUGAAAAAGAUCCAAAAGUCCGAACAAAGCCAGAUCAGAAUGAAAAGAAAUCAUGUUGGCAUUCAAUUAUUUUAUUUUUCGAAUUAGAUCUAUUAAAAGAUUUGAUUUUUCUGAAUAUUAUGAUGGGCGUUACGGUGGUAUAUUUUGUCGAAUUUAAUUUUUCAAUUUUAACACCAUUUGUAUUAAAAGAUUAUAAUUUUGAUAAAUUACAAACCGCAAAUUUCAUGUCGAUGGUUGCAACCGUUGAUAUUAUUGUACGAUUUACAAUUCCAUUUGCAUCGGCCAAAGUUAAUUGGGAUAAUCGAACGUUUUUUAUGAUUGGAAUUAUGUGUAUUGCUUUUGGACGAAUAUUGCUAAUAAUUACAAAAUCGUAUUCAGUAUCUUUACCAAUUGCUGCUUUAAUUGGUUUUGGCAAAGGAAUACGAACAAUUUUUAUGGCAUUAGUAAUACCGUCACAUGUACCAUUAACUCGUUUACCAGCUGCGACUGGACUACAAUUAUUAGCUGGAGGAUUUACCGCAUUAGCAUUGGGUCCCAUUGUAGGAUUGAUUCGUGACAAAACUCAAAACUAUACAUUAACGUUACACUUUCUAAAUAUUUUAACGUUUGCUAUAACAAUUUCGUGGACAAUCGAAAAAUUUAUAAGACGUUAUAAAGAUAAACAAAAUAAAUUAAAAACAAAUAUGACUCAAUCAUGACAAUAUUUUUACAAAUUUAAUAAAUAUAGGUAAUUUUGGAUAACAUGACAUCGGAGCGUGAUAAUAUGGCGGACAUGAGCUUACAGUACGUUUAGAAUAGGCAACAGAUAAGAUAUAAAGACGCGAUAAUUAGCCAAAAAAUAGUAAUAAGUCAUUUAAAUUCCUAAAAAUAUACUUACCUAAGAUCUCUUCAUCUUUUUUGGCCAAAAUUGUUGCUAGCAAAG